GUUUUAUAUCCCGCGCAUGCGCAAUAUUCCAUGUUUGUAAAAGAAAGUCCACAAUACAAAAUGUUUGGGUUGCGAUUGUCAUGAUAUUAAGAGCAUUUUAUGGCGGAUUUUAUUAACGCAUUUCGUGAUAUUGAGUCGCCAGAGUCUUUGCAUCCAUGCUCAAGUUGUGGAAGAAAGUUUAUCAGCGAUACGUUGGUUCGCCAUGAGAAAAUAUGCUCCAAUUUGAGAAAGAGGAAACCAUUUGAUUCCUCUAAACAGCGAACAUCAGACCUCACAGAGGCAGAUAAAGCAAAAGCUUUGCAUCCAUCUAAACCUCCAAUUAAAAGUAAAAAAGUUAGUAAAAGAAAUAACUGGAAACAAAAGCAUGAAGAUUUUAUCAAUACAAUUCGUUCAGCAAGAGGAAUUACAGCUGCCACCAAAACAGGUGGCCCACUUCCUCCACCCCCUCCUCCCAGAAUAGAUCCUGACCUUGUUCAGUGUCCACACUGUAGUAGAAGGUUCAAUGAACAUUCUGCAGAACGGCAUAUUCAGUUUUGUAAGGAGCAGAAGAGUCGUAUCGGAAGAUCACCAGGAUCAGCAUCUAGUGUUGCAGCUCAGAGGUUUGCAGCAAGAACCAAGUAUAAACCUCCUCAGUUAGCAAAGAGACCCCUUUCUGGAACAAAUGUGUCAUCUGCUGGCAAAACGAGACAGACCAAAACUAAGUAUGAAAAAUCAACCCCCCCAGAAUCAAAUCAGAUAUCAAGAUAUGAUGAACGACCUGUCAGACACCAAGAGAACAGUUCAAAGAUAAGCCAUCAAUCAUCCACCACUAAACAAGGUGUAGUGAGAAAUAAAUUGACUGGGAUGGCUUCGGCAGAAACUUCAAAAAUGCAAUCAAAAAGUAAAUUAAAUGAACAAAAAGCUUAUCAUUCUAACAGAUACAAGACUAUAGAUAAUCAAAUGAGGCUAGAAGGCUCAAAGUAUGAUAUAGAGGCAAGCAAGGCAAAAGAGAUCAAGUAUGGGCGGAGGGCCAGUAAGACGAAGGAAGAUGAAACAGACUACAUGUCUGAGUUAUCAGCACUACAAUUAGAUAAUACUARAGGUUCUGUGACUGAUAAGAAGAGCAGAAGGAAUUUUGCAGUCCGUGAUACCAGUCCUACAGAAUUUGAUGACUAUCAUGAAUCGAGAUCUGAUCAACCAUCAACAGGGAACAAGAAGAAACCUUUUCCUCCCAAGGCGCAAGUUCACAGAACAAAUACACGAGAUCAUGACACAGAAGAUCAUGGGAGACUUUCUAAAUUCUGUCAUGAAUGCGGCACUAAAUAUCCUGUAACCAGCGCAAAGUUCUGCUGUGAAUGCGGGACUAGGAGGCUCCAUAUCAAUUAGCAGUCUCCACUUUUCUUUUUAACUACUUUGUAAAUGUCUCAGAAAUGAAAGGCAAACAAGAAAAAAGUAAGAACGAAACUGGGGGAAAACCGAGACCAGGGCCCGGUUGUACGAAGCCUGGAUAGUGCUAUUCGACGGACAAAUCUUAUCCAGUGGAUAAAUUUAUUGGAUAACAGCAUCGACUUAUACACUGGAUAAGGAUUUAUCCGCCGGAUAGCGCUAUUCAGGCUUCGUACAACCGGGCCCAGAAGAUAGCUUAAGAUAGAAAAAGAUGAAAGUAAAUUCGAAUAGCUGCAUUUUCAGGAAGAGAUAUUUCCAAAGAAAAGAAGACAAAGAUGUCGAAAUAUGCAAUAUUUCGGCUUAAUGUUAAACCAUCAUCAGGCAACUAAUAACUAGACUUACAUACAACAAUAAAUUUAAAUAUUCUCAACCAUAUAUAUCUAAAACUCCACAUCGCUGCAGGAUAUACUUUAUGCAGAAAAUACGUGCGCAUCUUCCCACGAGGAGCCAGACAGUAAAGAAAACGUAAAAAGAAGAUGAAGAAGAAGACGAAACCCAAGAUAAUAAACUGUAGAACUUAAUUUGAUGAAGAACAUAGUGGAAAAUGAAAAUAUGUUCUGUGCGUUUUCUAUAUUAGAAAAAGAUGUUUUCAAUCCUAAAACAUCUAUUCAAUCUA